AGCAGAAGACAACGAUCAAUGACAGUGGUCAGGGUUGGCCUCGAUCAAAAGCACGUGCACAUAUCGAGAAUGGGUUUACAAUGAACAACAUGAAGCUGAUAUGUCUGUUCUUGGUAGUAAGUUUUGUCAAGAUUUCAAUGGAAUGUAGACAUGGGCAGCAGUAUAUAUCCAAUGUAUCCAGAUGCGAAGAAAAGAAAAAUCAUAUGAGCCACAUCAGUGCCGCUAACAUUACGUCAACACUUGAUGACGUGUUGGAUCCGAGGAAAUACGACCGGAAGUUGAGACCAGGAUUUAAAGGAAAACCAGUGGAAAUUUAUACAGACAUGCUUCUGAGAUCAAUGGGACCUAUUUCGGAAAAAGACAUGGUUUACUCUAUAGAGAUAUACUUUCGGCAGAGGUGGAUGGACGCAAGACUCGCCACUAAUAUGUCUAUUGAAAACAUUUCCUUGAACAUCAAAGUCCUGGAGAGAUUAUGGUACCCCGACACAGUCUUCUACAACGGCAGGAAGUCCCGCCUUCACUACAUACCGACGACAAACCGUUUCAUAAGGAUUAGUCCAAAUGGUUCCAUGUAUCUAUCACAAAGGUUGACCGUCAGAGCCAUUUGUCAAAUGGAACUUCAGAACUACCCUCUAGACUACCAAGUAUGUGACCUCCAGAUAGGAAGCUUUGCUUAUUCAACGGAGGAUGUGACGUAUGUCUGGCGUUAUGGUCCAUCGAAUUCAGUGCAGUUGUCGACAGACAUGAGCAUGUCUCAGUUCGACCUCAUCAAUUACUCGGCCACGUCUUCUAAUAUAUCCAGAAAAGAUGUGGUGUAUUCUUGUCUGACGGUUCGCUUUGGUCUCCGAAGACACGCCGGAUAUUUCCUCAUCCACAUCGUCAUUCCAUGUUCAUUAUUGGUUGUACUGUCCUGGGUCUCGUUUUGGAUUAACAGAGAGGCCACGGCAGAUAGAAUUGCUCUUGGCACAACCACAGUGUUAACCAUGACCUUCCUUGCCCUUGACACCAGAGAUGAACUGCCGCGUGUUUCCUAUGCCACUGCCCUCGACCUUUAUGUCGCAAUGUGCUUUAUCUUCGUAUUGUCUACUCUUGUCCAAUUUGCCAUUGUUCACCUUUUCACCAAGAGGGGUCAUAAUGAUACUUAUCCCCAGGUCAAGAUGGCGACCUUGGACGACGAUGAAAAAGCACCUUCCUCUAGGAAACUUCAACCCAGAACCACCAGACGGAUAGCAUGCAUCGAGCAGAAUAUUCACAAGAACAGGGUAUUUGUGUCAAAAGUGGAAAGUCGUAUGAAGGUCUGGUUCUCUAGCUUAAAGUUCAAAGAUGACCCUUUUCAAGAACAAGGUCACGAGAUCCAGACUAACAGCGUGAGCCAAAUUGACAAGGUGUGCCGAUUCAUAUUCCCUAUCACAUUUGUAAUUCUCAACAUUGCAUACUGGUCAUUCUUUUUGACCAGAAAUGGGUUUAAAAUAUAAGAAUUUUAAGAUUAUAUUUGUGAAUCCUGUAGUAUCGGGAAUACAUGUAUAUAUUUAGAAUAUUUGGAUUCACGCAGAUGUUUAUCAUAAAAAAUAUACAAAAUUAAUUUUCUUGGUUUUAUUAUAUUGUUACAUAUUCGAUACAUGGUGCAAUAAAAGAGUAAACUAUAUUCUCUGUUUUAACAUAAUAUCAAUAAAUGUAAACAACUUUAUGCAAUAAACAACUGCAUGUUAUGUUUUCAACAACAAUUUAACAACAAACAUAUUUUUGGAAAUAGUAUAUGAAUAUUUCGCAUUUUAAAAUAUAUAACAUUUGAAUAUGUGUACUUUGACAUUCCUCGUUUUGACAUGUAUGACGUAUGAUUUAAUGAAGAUUUGUAAAUUAUAAUGAAAAACGUCUCAGAAAUGUAAUCGUAUGACGCAAACAAAUAACGUGACAGACAAAUAUGAGGUUAAUAUAACUAAUAAAAAUGAUCUGUUCUCGCAGUUGUACUUGGAACAGCAUGGAUGAUAUGUGGAAGACAUUAAAGCUCUCCUGAUUCUCCUGCCCUUUGUGUCCUUGUAUUUAGAUAUGUGUUGAACCCUGUGGUAACAAUACAUAUUGUAAGGAAUAUUCAUAAACAACUUUGAAAAGCCUUUCGAGAAAUCGUACGCAUGCUCUUAUAAAUUCUUCAUAUUUUUCCAUAAACAUUAACUAAUAAAUUCCGUGAAUGAAUUUUUCACAAUUUUCUAGAAUUGAAAUUAAGGAUAAACAUGCUCUCACUAUUUAAUGAUAUUUGAAGAUUUAGGCUUUGUAAAACACUAAUUACAGAAUAAGUCAUGGAAUAAAAACUAUGGAGAAUGAAAGUGAAAAUGAAAGUGAUGUAUCAAUUUAUGAAGACGAUGACCAAUUCCAAAUUAACAUAAAAAAGAAAGAAACAUACACCAUACACAAUAAAUAAAAAACUGAAGAGGUCUGAGAAUGUAGAUAUAUGAAAAACGAUGCUUUUAGCAUUAUUGAAUCGUAAAGGAUUGCGCAAAAUUUUAACAGAGUCCAAUAAUUAUUUUCAUUUUUUAAAAUUCAUGUGCAUCCAUAACAAAUAUGAUAUUAUUUGACCAGAGCCUGAUGGAACCACAAUAUCUUACACAUGCAUAAGUUACAUGGUUCCAGGAACAUCUCUCACCAAAUUAAAACUGACCAAUAUAAGUAAUAUAUACUAUGUAUACUAAUAAAAAAGAUACCCCAGAUAUAAAGAAACUAAACGAUGUACAAUGUACAUGUACGACCACCAUGGAAGAUAAAAUUGUACUCGGUAAGAAACGACUAGAUAAAUACCAAAAGCAUGAAAGAAACUGAUCGAAAGGAACAUGUCAUGCUUUUGAAUAAAAACAAAGGGCGCAGGUGACCGUAGCAUAAUACCUAUACUGAUUUAUAAUCCGUCAUUAAAUAGUCGUUGACUUUAGGUUCGACCUCCUCUGUGAUGGUACACAUUCUACCUUCGGAUGACUAUGUCAAAACGGACGUGGAAAAUACACAUAUACACGUAAACAUACUGUACAAGUUUUUUUAUUAUCAAGAACUGACUUACAAUUUGUAUUCUGUAAUAACAGACGUAAACACUGAGCAAACAAAAAUCAUCGAAUUAGCUGUUAUACACAUUGAUCCUUACCGCAUCAUCUGCGUUCUCUCCCUCGCCUUCUAUUGUAGCUGCUAUUACAGCGUCGUGAACAGAAAGAUAGAUUUGUGAAUCAUAUUUCUCUACGAAUCCAGUGGCUUCCAGAACCCUCCAUACUUCAUCUUAAAGAAACAAUGUCGAAUUUUAAAAUAAGACAUGCAAAAUUUGGAAUUUAGAACAUUCACAUUAAAUUACUUAAACUGCAUACCUCGUACAGCUGCCAAAAAUACGACCGUACCGACUGUCCUGUACUCUUCAAUAACCUGAAAUCAGAGAUGGAGGAUAAAGCUAGUUGCAUACAGCCAAAUGUGAUGAUGUUCAUUCUAAAUUAAGGUACAGAGACUAUUCAACAAACCUGUUUAAGAAUUUUGCUUCCCACGGAGUCGAUAAAGCACAUGCUAGAACAGUCAAUGAUCACGUGAUGAACAUAUGCCAAGUUGCAACUGCUGGGCUUAAUGCUUCCGUUUCGUGACCUAACUCCGUUUCCGUUGCUAUGGAGAUCUGCUGUACUGUUACGUUGGCUUAUUUCCCCAGAACCAUUGCUUAUAGACAGAGAUACGCUUCCGUGAUCACCUAUGCUAUGUGUUGGAGUCAGAGGUGGUUUGGGGUCAACAUGGCUGUAGGAACCACAAACCAAGGUCAUUUGGCUCUGAAAGUGUGAAAAAUGCCAUUAAAAGGGUGUAUACAUAGGGAUAAAUUCGCGAUGGACAUUAUUUCCCUCGUCCUUACCACUCUGCGGAAUUCCAGUAUGGAACCCAGGCGUUUGAUUUGCUUUCGUGCUCUCUCCGGUUUCAGUCCUACAAUCUGGAAAACCUGUUUCACGAACAUGUCACCAUUCGCAUAAUAUAAAGGCGAGUUAAAACCAAUCACCCUUAUGCCAAGUUGUGCUUGAGUCUGCAAAAUAUCAAAUUCAAGUUACAUGUAACCCUUUGCUAUGAUAAUAUAAUGUACAUUCUGUACUAUUCAUUUUCGUAUUUCAUCCUAUUUACCUUUAGGUACUUCUUGUCAUCAGCAAACAUUUCAACAUCGGGUAUCUUCUGUAAAGACACUGCUUUGGCACUAAAGAAAACAUAUCAAAAUGUCAACGAUCACCGCGGUUUUUCAUAUGAAAUUUACAACUGUGUGCUGCAUGGGGACAAUCGGAACAUCACUCGGCCUUUUCCGCCAACCUCGGAUGUAAACCUCAGAAUACAACGAUUUUCAUGAUGAAAAUGUGAAUCGCAUCUUUGCGUAUUACCGACUUAUGUGGCAAGACAAGAAUCUCUGUUCGUCUUUUACAUAAUAAAUACAUCAAUGUGGUCUGUUUCAUAUCAAUGCAUACAGUUUUAAUGGAAUGAAACGGUUUAUUCGAGAAAUACCUGCUACUCAUGCUAUUAUACAUGUAUGUAAACAAAAGAUUGAGACUUUAAAGCUGAAGAAGAACGAUGUGGAACUGAUAUCUUAGAGGCGAUUGUUAUAUUAAUAUGAAGACAUAAAAGGUCCAGUAACCUAUUCUUUGAUUUUUUUUAACGGCAAGUUAGGUAUCCGUAACUCGGUAUAUAUUUCCCUGCAGACGGCCACAUAACGUGUAAAAUUGCGGGCGGCGCCAUUUUUCUGGUCAUGUGGCCCGAAACAUUCACAAAUAUGGUGACGUAUUACAAUCAAGGUUUUCCGACUUGACGGAAAAGGUCGAGCGAUGUUCCGAUUGGCAUAAGGAAGGUCUUAUGAACAUACCAUUGGGUUCUGACAACUACAGUGAGGAAGGAGAAGAUCAGGCCAACCCAGAGUCCCAGGUCCACAUACAAAAUGACGACAGCCAGGAAUGUCACCACCCAGAUCACCUAGGAUUAUGAUAUCAAUUGAAAUUAUUAUAACGAUUUCCGUUUUAUGUGGCGGCUUUAAAAAUGUAGUAAUUUGAGCUUCAUCGUAAGGAGUAUGAUAUAGAAGGCAAUGACGAUUCAUAUUGACAAACUAUUAUUGCAUGAAGCACCUGUUUACUUCACUUUUAUCUGCGAGGGUUUAGAAAAAGCUGGUAUUGAUUGAAAUACUGAAUGAUAUUGAAUACAUCUGUAUUGGAGACACGGCGGCCGCAUCUUUGUCGCGUGUACGAAAGGUAAUACACAAUAGGAUAUAAUUACAGCAACAGGUGUUGAAGUAAGACUUUAAUUAAAAAAUCAAUUCUUAGAUUAUUAUUCAUUCGCGUCAAUUGAACAGUUUGCUAUUCAUCUAUUAUUCAUUCGCGUCAAUUGAACAGUUUGCUAUUCGUAUGGAAAGGAAAAAUAUUCAUGUUAUCACGGGAAAACAAGACUACCUCAAAACAUUUAUUUACGUGUAUAUCCGUCAUGUAGUACACGUGAUGAUACUCACACAAUCGUAUCUGGAGACUUUCCACAAAUUCUUCAACUCCAGAACUUGAAGAAACAUACUUCUUAAGGCCACCAUAAUGAUAGAGGAGAGAACGCACUGAAAUAUUGCAAAGUUCAUAAAACGUAUUGCGUUAGUGACAGUGGUGUCAUAAUUGUAUGUGUAUGAUAUGGGGUAUAAAAAACAUGUACUUACAUUGGGGAGUGAUUCAAACAGUGGUCCAAUUAGAAUUAUCACAACCAGAACUAACGAGGCAGAAAACACACUCGUAACCUGCAAAGAUACAAUAAUCAAAAGUAAUAUUAAAAGAGCAUGAGAUUCAUAAUCUACCAACAUAUACUGUAUAUGAACCUCAUAUAAAGCCAAAGAUUCUUUAACCAAUACCUGUGUUCUUCCGCCGGCAGAAUCUUGCACGGAUGAUCUAGAUACAGAAGCUGCAAACGGAUAACAAGAAAAGAAAGACCCGAAAAUGUUCCCAGCACCAUAUGCAAUAAGCUCCUGGUUCGAAUCCAUGGUAUAAUUGUGUUUCUUUGCCAUCAGGGCCGCCAGUGAAACUGAUUGAGCAAAGGCAACAACAGCGAUGAUAAUGGCAUCACUAACGUGUUCAAAAGCACUCUUCAGAUUCGGAAUUUGUGGUUCAGGCAACCUAUAGAUAUCCAAAUAUUGUAAUUAUUUACAAGAUAAUUUCAAUUUGUCGAACAUAGAAUUUAACAUUCAGAAUUGCUAAGCUUACCCUGCUGGAACCUUUCCCACAAUUUUGAUGUUGUACUCUGUGUGGAAGUUAAAAAAAUACGACAAAAGUGUCCCUCCUACAACCUGCAGAAAAUUAAUUUUAAAAAUCAUAUGACAUAUUGUAUGUUUUGAGCACAUUUUUGCACAGCAAAAUCAAAAUAAAAUGAAUUUGAUCAACUUUGGAACUAGGUAUAGUGCCAUAUUCAAUGAAAAGUUUCUCGAAAUAUAAAAAUGUUGCACUAUCGAUACGCGGAGUAUUCGAACAAUGAGGAAAUCGAGGAAGAUUGUACUCACCACCAAAAGUUCUAUAGGAACUGGGACUUUGAGUUUGUGCUUAAAUCGUUGAUUGAUCUGAACUUUGACUAUAUACAAUAUCACCAUGCAAAUAGCUGAAAUGAUAACUGUGACGUAAUUGGUAUUGGGCAGGUUCUCGAUAAUUGCCUUGUAUGUCUGAAAGAGAAAUACUAACACAUAAAUCACUGGGUUUCUGCGUUGUAUUUUUGCAAAGACUGAUCUGUUCAUUGGAAUUUAUUCCACUUACGUAGAUUAUUUGGAAGAGAUUGGGGAAUCUAGGGAUUUUCAAUCCGAACACGUAUUUGACCUGACUAGUAAAGACAUGGACCGCUGCUCCGGUAGUGAAACCACUGACUAGAGGAUCCGACAUGUAAGUGGUAACAAAUCCCAGUCUACAGGCGCCGAAUAUAACCUACCAAGUACAACAGUUCUCGUAACAAUAUUGCUGUGGUCGAGCAAAAUUUCAUGAUAAUGACGAAAAUAGAUACAUGUAAUAAGGCAAAAGAACCUGAACAACUCCAACUAGAAAACACAUGGAGGAGGCCAGGGCUAAUUUCUGCAUGACGAAAUCGUCGUCUGCCGAGGCGAUUGUCGGGAGCAUCGUCGUCAGGCUGAGAGUGUCAUUGCCCCCCAUCGUGUCGUUGAUGUACGUGUUGUUUGCAGAUAGACCCGUCGGUAGAACAGAGUUUGACUUUUGUGGUGAAAUAUUGGAUACAACGGAACCAGUCAUCAGACUUACAACGGCUACCGUUCCUAAAAUGUACCAACAAUGAGUUUAACAGCAACUAAGAGUGCCCAAUUGUGUGAUGUAUCUUUUAUUUACUUAUUAAUGCUUAAUAUUUCUAUAUAUUUUCAAUAUUUUGUUUUCAUUUUAAAUGCCAUGUAAUCUACAUAUUAUUUAUUGAAUAUGUAUAUUUUUAUGUGUAAUAUAACUGUUAUGCAAACUAAUUUCAAAAUGGUUACAAACCCAUUGAUAUAUGACGAGAUGUUCCAAAGAAGAAAUAAAUUAAAACUGGGAAGAAGGCCAUAUACAAUCCAACAACUGGGGGCAUAUCUGCCAACAUGGCAUACGCCAUUCCUACAGAAGAAGAAUCGUCAUCAAACAGUUUUACAUAAUGAUAGAACUUAACAUGUUUAGAACAAAAUAAAAUAACUCUUAACAUACCUUGAGGAAGUUGCAUAAUACCGACGGUAAAUCCAGCGAUGACGUCAUUUGGUAAGUCUGUUUUAAUCUUGUACUUUCUAUAAAUCCUCAGGAAAGGCAAGACUUUCUCCACACAUUUCCUCUUAUUGGAACAGUUAGUCAAAUUUCUGGCCGUCUUUUUGCAUUUUUCAGAAAACGUAAGUUCUGGGUCCUCUUUACGAUACUCUUUCCGGAACUCUGAGGUGUGAUACAGUUUGGGUUUCUCGCCAUCUACGUGCUUUUUAUUCGGAUUGGUUAACUGAUCAGACGGGAUGUCCCCAAUAUCCACUCUAAACGUACUCAUUUGGCUUAUGAUUUACAGACAGUCACUACGAUGAAGAAUAGGCUAUGGUCAAUCUAAAAGACGAAGAAUUGCAGUGAGUGAUAAUCAAUCAGAAUGGCUAGAUAUGCACCAUCAUUCUCGAUCAAGGACCUCGUCUGUUGAAACAAAUUGAUUUAAUGAAUUAUCCUUUCUUGUAACCUUUCUAAAUUGUAAACAGAGACAAUUUCUU